GUUAUGGUAAUAUUGCUCCAAAAACCGAUGUUGGAAAAGUUGUGACUAUCUUCUACGCACUUCUUGGAAUCCCUCUGAUGCUGCUGUGCCUCACAAACAUUGGCGAUCUCUUAGCGAGAUCUUUCAAAUUCACCUAUUCCCAUUUUUGCUUAUUAUGCAGCAAGCCACGUCGUCCUCAUAUCUCAUCGACACAUAGGCAAGCAUCGGUAGAUCCAAGUAAAAGUCCAGUAGGAAAAGCAGCAGAAAUAGCAACACUGGAGAUGUGUAAUGGUGACGAAAAAUCCGCAGUCAGCGGAAGUAUCUCGCCAUCUUCUAAUGCUUCUUCUCCAACAAAAUCCCAUCUUUCCAACAACACUAACGUUGUGGUUUUGCCAGAUCCCACACCUGUAAUUAUUGAACGAGUCUACCGUAAUUCUUCAGGAGGAGAAGACGAACGUGUUCCGAUGUACAUGGUCUUACUUCUUGUAACUGGCUACAUUUGUGGCGGCGCUGUGUUGUUUUCCUUAUGGGAGAAGUGGACGUUCCUCAAUGGGGCUUACUUUUGUUUCAUAACCCUGAGUACCAUAGGGUUUGGAGACCUUGUGCCGGGUUCAGAUAUUUUUGAUGCGCAGAGUGGACAGGCGAAAUUAAUUAUCUGCUGCAUUUAUCUCAUCAUGGGAUUAUCUAUCAUUGCUAUGUCGUUUAAUUUAGUGCAGGAAGAAGUGGUCAUUAAGUGCAAGAACCUCGCCAGGAAUUUGGGGUUACUGAAAUCUGAGCAUGAUGAUGAUGACUGAAUAAAUAAUACCAUCUGAGCAAAUAUGCAUAUUCUCAUUGCCUGUCGCUGAAAGAGUGUAAUAUAUGGAAAUUUCUCUUGUUUAAUAAAAACUAAACUCCUACCUAAAAAACUGAAUUUUCUUUAUUGAUUUCUCAGCACUUAUUUGGGUGAAGCAAGAAAAAAAUUCCUUUUCUACCUUCUUCGCCUGUUUUAAAAUUUCCUCAAAUGAAGUCUUGAGUGAAAAGUGUUCAUAAUGAAAGGCACUGGAUGGCAUUUGACCUUUCUACGCAUUUCAUACGUGACAUUUAAAUUGUACAUAUAGGGGAUAUUUAUACGUAUCACAUAAUUUAUAUGUAACGUUUGAAGAAAAAUCUGAGAUGGAACUACAAAUGCUCAAUAUUUUGAAAGUCAGCUAGUCAUUGAAUAUUUUAUCAAAUGCAAAUAUUGAAGUCCUCAGUUACUCAUUACUUGUGAGCAAAAUAAUGCAGAGCAUCAUGUGCUAAGAAAAGUAAUUUUUAAAAGCAGCAAAACAAUCCAUUAGAAGUGGAACCACAACGAACUCAUUGCAUAAUUGAUAGCAAUCUCCAUAAGACGGUUCAUUAAAAGCUCUGAAAUCCUAUGGUCCAGUCAAAGAACUCAGUUUCUGGAACUACAUGAAUCUAAGCGGUCGGAUGUAAGACCAGUGCCAUAUUUAAACCGUAUUUAUAGACUUGUCUGUGCUCCACGUUCCACGCAAUACCACUUCCUUUUCGGCUGCUUACCAACUCAAGAUCAGCGCCAGAUUUGAAGUCCAUGGUUCUAAGUACCCUGUUCUUUUGGACCAUCUAAAGGUACAUGGCUGGAUUUAAGGCAGUCCAUGGCCACGUUCUCUUGGGAUAUCCAACGCCGAGUUUCUUAGUUUUCAUGAGAGCAAACUUGAUUAUGAGAAUUUGUAGGAUGAUGUUUGUGUCGUUGAAAUGAUUCACGAGGCAGGCCUUCUGGGACUCGGGAGCUGCCGGUUCAAGAUAGUGGAGGGUGUGGGACAUAUACCUGCUUACCUUUGUUAGAUAUCAGGUGUCCGCGUCCUCUGUCACCUAUCGUUGAAAUGUCAAGAUGUAAUCCUAGAUUUAGGUAGUAAUUAUGACUUGCACAAGCGAUCUAAAGAUGCAAUCGAAGGCAGGAGGAUAAGAGAGACCAAUAAAGUUUUAGUGGCAGAGAAUAUAUACGAUGAUAACGGUAUAUAUCUUUCGUUUACUAAUUACGGGAGUAAUCUUUUUUAAUUGGAAUACUAUCAAACGUUCAGACGCAAAGCCAAGCCAGAUGUAGGACAUUCCUUUGGAGACAUACUUUUAUGAAAAUGAUCUUUGUAAAGAAAUAUUAGAACAUAAUUUUUUUUUUCAUUUCAGUUUGAGAAUUAUUCUUUGCAUUUCGUAACUUGGUAACAUCAAAUUAGACUUAUUAAUUGACUUCACUGAUGUAAUAUAUGAUCCGGAUACAGUAAUUAUCUAUGAUUAAUAAAGAAAGUUACUUCCAAUUUGCCUACUUCAAAUUUUAAACAUUUUUCUUCGAUUAGAAUCAGAACCAUAAGCUUUCCGAUUUAACCAGCAAUAUAACUCGGCUAUAAACCUUAUCUCACUAUUUUCUGAGCUUCUUCAUGUUCAUAGAAAUAAGCUGGACAAAGACAAAGUACUUUAUUAUUACAUUUAAUUUAAAAAGGUUUCAGAAUGCUUAAAAAGUCUUAGAAAAGCCAAAUAACUUACAAUACUCUGUGAAAAGUUAAUUUUUAUUUCGCGAUUAUGUUCAUGCAUUUCCAUGAAUUCAUCAAAAAGAUGUCUCUUAUACUUCGUUAAUAAAUCGUUUGGCCUCUCG